AUGGCUGCUUGGUUGCUUGACAGUGAUACUUUAUGGCUACCACAGGCUGGGGAUGAUUCGAGCUACGGUACCCUGAACGGGACGGUCGUUUUGUGUCUCGGAAAGCCAAUGCAAGUGAAGGAUUUCAAGUUGCACAUCAGAGGAACCCACUAUAUCAACUGGGAUUGCACAGACACCGAAGGCCAGCACAAGCGAGUUCCAUGGCGGGAGUCAAUAUUUUAUCAUCAGAUCUGGAAUUUCAAGAAGGCCUUCAAAAAGGGUCAGAAUGCCUUGCAACCCGGAAACCACAAAUUCCCUUUCUCAGUCAGUCUAAACAGCAGGCUGCCACCCACUAUUGAGGGUCUGGAUGACUGCUUUGUACGGUACAAGUUGACUGCGGAACUCACCUGCCCCUGGGGCAUGAUCAACGAGUCGCGCAGUAUGAAUGCUUCAAAAUUGCAGGACGUAUUCUCUUUCAUGGAACCACAGGGAAUUGAAGGGUUUUGGGACGAGAAGAUUACCUACCAUAUUACCGUACCCGGGCAUGCGCUCCCUCUAGGCUGUCCUAUUAAGGUCGAUAUGCGAUAUAUUCCUCUCCUCAAGGGUCUUUUCGCCGAAACAAUGAAGGUGCGGCUUAUUGAGGCUCACAGUAUCUUCCAGCGAUUUGGAUUACAACCCGCAAUACGUCGAACACGGGAGACCGUUGUCGCAGAGGACCUUGCAGAAUUCGGACAAUUCGAGGAACACCUCAGCCUUGAAGCGGAUGGAUAUCAAUGGCGGAACAUUACCCACACCAUCUUUAUGCCAAUGUCUCUGAAAGCAUGCCGACCAACUAGCCGCUCUUCAGUUCUCGAAGUGACGCAUUCAUUGAAAGUGUCGAUACGUCUACGGAAUCCCAGUGGGAAAUAUUCAGAGAUAUCCACGAUUUUCCCCCUGAUUUUGUGCCCGGUUCCUGGUUCAAACCUGCACCAAUCCUCCCAGAGCGACAUGUUUCUUAGCUCUAUCCAACCGCCCCCAGCUUAUGUUGACCAUGUUCGGGAUCAGCUAUACCUGGAAUAUGACUCGCCAUGCAUAUCGAGGUCCAAGACAAGAUCUCAGUCUACCUGCUCUCGGAAUCCCUUGGGUCUCCAUGGCAUGGCUCCCUAG